AUUUGAAAUUAGAUACGUUCAUCCCUCGUAGCGUAGUGAAAAAUAGUGUCACUCUCUUUCACACGUGAAUGUCCAUGACCGAGCUAGCGAAAUACAUCCAGGUACUGCGCCCAGAGUUUAGGGGGAGAGAAUCACCGACGUGGCGGAAAGGAACUGCUUUCACUAUACACUUUAUGCAUGCACCCGCUGCUGAAGACUAGCUAGCAGUAACAUAUCGACGCGACACGAGAAGCGGAAUUCCACAACCAUGAGUGGCACUUCUGGAAUGUUUAAGCUCAAACCAUUCUACGAUUUUGACAAAACACAGAUUGAUCUUCCAGACUGCAUGUUCAAGAUGGCUAAUAUUCAGGGAAAUUCAUCGCAAACAAAUAGUGGAGAGGUUGACCCUGCUGUUGCAGCGCUAGAACGUCGCCAGGAAGCCAUCCUUACAGAUCUGCGCUCAAUGGAAACAGAAGUAGCUGCAUUGACGACCAAGAUUCAACCCAAUGCACAGGACAAGACUUCUGCUCCUUCCACGUCUGCUUCUCCCUCAUCCUCAAAAUUGGUGUCCGGAGGUCUCCAUGAUGUCGUCAUCUAUGCAAACCCCAACAACCCUCCUUACUCUCUACUGGUUCUCUACGAGCAGCUGAAGCAGCAGUUCAGAUGCUUGACAAAAGUUCACAUGCACUCCUCUAUAUCCUCUGUUCCUGAUAAACUUAUCGGUUACUUCAAUCAAAAUGGUGGUCAACCUCUCCUGCGGAUGGAUGCUCAGCUCUCCAUCACCCUCAUCUGGAAGAAUGUAUCACAAGGUCCCGAGAUGAAGAUCCAGGCAAACUCCCAGACCCCUAUCCAAGGGGAGGUGAACAUCCUCCGCUACCUGAGCCGUCUCUUGACCCCAGCCUAUGAUGCCUCCGACGAUAUCAUCACCGUGGCCAACAUUGACAACUUCCUGGACCUGGCUAGCUCUACAUUGCUCAACGGCACCUCAAAGGAGAAAGCUGCCGGUGUCAGGGGUCUCAACUCUGCGCUGGGAAGGGGGGCUUGGCUCGUCGGUAGCGGCCCAACGGUGGCCGACAUCGCAGUUUGGAGCGCGUUGCACCAGACUGGCUUGGCCAGUGGAGCGCCAUCUAAUGUUCAGAAGUGGCUGAAGUCUUGUGCUGCUCAAAGUGAUUUCAGGACUGCUUUAAAUGCUGUAGCAUGAAUUAUGAUAGUAUGAAGUGGAGAGAAUUAGGUAGUAUUUGGUUGCCUGCUAUUAUAUUUAGGUUAGUAAAAAUGGUAUACUAACUGCGGUAUACAAAUAAUGUAUUUCAGAGUGUAAUAGUAUCAAUGCAAUUCUUAUACUGUAUACAAUAUCUAUCUCUCUCUCUCUCUCUCUCUGACUCUCUCUCUCUCUCUUUUGUGUAUAGGUUAUAAGUAUGAGUUGCAUUGCACCAUGUCAAACAUUGGUUACUUGCAUCAACAGAGGGUUGUGGUAUAAUUCACAAAAACACAUGGCAGAUAAUGUGGUCAUGCCAGGUAUUUUGUCACAUAUUUUGAAUGUAGACCAAGGAAUGUAGUGGCUAUUUCUGACCAUAGUUGGAUAUUUGGGAGUUUCAUUUAUCUGGUCAUGGGGAAGUCUGAGGUUUUGGGGUAAUUUCUGCCAAGAUUGCCAAGUAUUGUAGAGUGCUGGACAUAAAUCGACAUUAAAUGUCAUUCUACUUCAUAUUGUAUUACAAACAAACUCUAGUAGGCUAAAAUCUUAAAUGUAUUCGGUAACAUACUGUAUGGCAUAAAAUAGCUAGGAUCUGCCCUCUUUCUUGGUCACAUGUGUAGUCACAGAUUAACGAACAGGCACAUUGAACAUUUUUGCGCCUUAUGGUUGCUCAGCUCCAGCCGGGGUAAUAAUGUGAUGCUUGGUAUACAUUAAGCAGAGUAGAGUAUAUUUUUAUAGAAGCUUUGCUUUAAAGAAUUGACAUAUUAUUAUUACCAUUAUUAUUGAAGUGUUUUAAUUGGUUAGAUCCAUUCUUCAAAUGAUGUAUCAACUUAAAAUCCCAAUAUCGGGUAACUUUGUAUUUAUGAAUUUAUGCUGUAACACAAUGGACUUGCACAAAUAGUACAAGUUUAAGAGUAUUGAUUAACAUUGGUUUUUUAUUUACCCUUUAAACAUGUGGAUAAAAUAACUUGCGAUCUAAAUCUUAACAUUUCACAUUUUAUUCGUUCAGCUGAUACAGGUUUAUGGGUAAAGAAAUAGCGGUCACAUUAACACAAUUACCAGACACCAUAAAGGACACUAUAGGAAAUAUUAAUUCUAAAUGCCAUGUAUUUGAUCGCUGGUUUACAAAUUUAUUUAAGACUUGAAAAGGAGUUUAACCCAUAUACCCACUCUAUGUAUGAAUUAGAAUUAGGAGCAUGCACUCAGAAAAGAUUUAAAUAUUUUAAAUACAAAAAAAAAAUCCUUCAA